AUGAAUGAGCCUGUUUUUGGCAUCUACUUACGCGGUGAAAAGCACAAUGCCGUGAUCUCACCAUCUAUGAUGAAAACUGUCUUCUCUGCAGAAGAUGCUUCGAGUGCCCAUGUUCUCGACCAGGCGUUGCAAAACGUCUUUGGCGACCGCACUCUCACGCGCAAAUUGAAUCUGACCCAGGACAAAGGCAUCAAAGAUAAUGCGUCUUCCAUUAUCCACAGCAAGGCCUUUGUUACUGAAGCUUCAUCCGCAAUUACUCGUUUGGUAGAGAGUCACAUUCCGAACUUGGUAAGCUUCUGCCGCAGCCUUGUUGACCAGAAUCCCUGGGAGCGUGGAAGCAGUCAGGUAGAGCUACCAAACGAAGAAGACCAAUCAUUUUGUGAAGCAAACUUGUUUGCUCUUAUAAGCAACUUUGUCGGCCACAUCACCACUACCUUCUUGAUGGGCGAUGCCUUUGUAGAGGCGUUCCCUGGUUUAUCGGAAGAUCUUGGAACCCUUGACAGCAGCUAUGUGACACUAUUUAUUGGUACUCCUCGCUAUAUACCACAUCCUUCUGCUUCAGCAGGCCAUGCGGCCCGUGAUCGGCUUCGUCAUAUCAUGUCAAUCUUUCACCGAGCCCUUGCUGCUUGGGACGAUGGUAUUGAUGCCGGCAUUGAACUGCGGGAUCUGGACAAUGUGUCAGAGCUGGUCAAAGAUCGGAUGCGAACUUUUCGCAAGUUGGAGCUCUCCUCCGGCGCCAGUGCUGCAGGACACUUGUCCUUGUAUUAUGAGCUGAUCGAGCACACAAGCAAGAUUGCUUUCUGGGCAAUCACCCACUUAUUCUCGGAUGCUCCGCUUCUUGAGCAGGUCCGAAAGGAGAUAUCCCCUUAUGUGAUAGCUUCUCGACCAAGUCGCCAAGAGACUGGGUUCCCAUUCGAUGAACCUCCUCGACUCAGCCUCGAUAUUGAGAAAGUGCUUGAAUCUUGCCCGCUGUUCAGAGCGUGCUACUAUGAAACCCUGCGCCUUCACUCUGCGGGAAUCACUUCUAAAAAACUGGCAUCCGACAUUACACUUUCCGAGUCGGCGGACGAAGCCGCAUACGGCCUGACCGAGCCUCGCUCCUACACGAUUCGCAAAGGUGAAAAGGUCAUCCUUCCACACGGUGCCUAUCAUCACGAUCCUCGAUACUUCUCCAAUCCAGAUCAAUUCGACCCUCUUCGGUACCUUGUGACAGACCCUACAACGGGCAAACAAUGGGCUGAUCCGGACAUCCUUGCUCCAUUCGCGGGUGGACUAUAUGGAUCUACCAACGGUGGUUUCAUUGAGAGAACUAUCUUGAUCUUCACCGCCGGAGUAGUUGCCAUGUGGGAGAUUGAGCCCAAGAAUGGCAAAAUCCUCACAGUUCCCGGACACAAGACUAGUUGGGGAGCUUUCCGACCAUCAAAGGAGCUGAGGGUGAAUAUGAGGAGUAGAGUGUAA